ACGUCUCGUCUGACCUGGGCCACGCUGCGGAAUGGCUCUAUCUUUGAAUAUUGCUCAGCAACUGCUGCCCGCGAAUGGAUUCGCACUACACAAAGCUCGAGACAGAUAGUCCUGCAAGCGAUGCAGGCAUCAAUCCGCCUCUCGUGCCGCCCAAGCGACAGCACUGGGCGAUUCUAUCAACGGGCUUCGUCUGGUACGCUGCAACACUUGUGUCGGUCUUGGGAACCAAAACAUUCCUGGCGCAUGGAGGCGAUCCGAUCUCGCUAAGCCUGCUGACGUUUCUCGUUGGAGCAGCACCACUGCUAUGGCUCGAAUCGCCCGCGUCGCUGUCCAUGCAGAGCGCCUUUGGGGGCGAGCUGGGCGCGCUCUCGGCUUUGCAUUGUUGCAACACCGUCAUGACCAUGCUCGGUUUGAGCGGAGCAGGGAUAAGGACCGUUUACUGCAUCAAGAGUCUUGAGCCUUGUGGGACGGCGCUGCUUCAGUUCCUGUUUUUCGGCAAGACGCUGCCGUUGCUUUCGACCGCAUCGCUCCUGUCGAUACCAGCUCUAACAUAUGUUGCGAUUCAGGGCGACGGACAAGUCACCCCGUUUGCCCUUGCAGCAAGCUUGUUUUCAGUCAUGACAGUCUGCGGUCGCACUUUGCUCUUCAAAUCAUCCCAAGGCGAGCGCGCUGAUGCUGCUUUGUCGACUUUCUCUGCCAUCAAUCUCAUAAGUCUUGGCUACGGCUCGCUCUUUGUCCUUGUCAGGCCUCCGGACUUGACGCAAUAUGUGGACGAGAAAGUUUACGUUCCGGCGGUGAUGUCGAUCGUAGCAGCCUUGCUGUACAACGGCGCAUCUUUUCGGAUGCUCGAGCUCGUGCAAGGUGUCACGCAUUCCACCAACAAUGUUCUGAAGAGGCUCAUGACAGCCCUGGCGAGCUCGGUUUACAGGGGCAAGACGAUCGCCUGGACGAGCGUGCUUGCAGUCAUAGGCUCAUUUGUGGCAGCUGUCAUCGCUUUGCACACAAGCAAGAUGCCAAAGAGCGAGAAAGCACAACCGCUUGAUCUGGACCGACGGUCGAUCCGAGUCUUCACCAUGGCUACCGUGGGCUUGAGUAUGGUCUUUGUUGCAGUCUCGGGCGUCCUGCAGGGCUCUGCUUUGUCCAGUAGCUACGCGCACGUCGAUCUGGCCAUUGCGCGACAAGACUGUCCCCCAUUGGAGGCUGAGCCAAGCUUGCUCUGGUUCCAUCCGCCAGGGAGAGAACACAACUUUGGCGAUGCUAUGAAUCCUGACGUGGUCUCGAGAGUAUUGGGCAGACCAGUCAUGGCUUGGAACGCUUCGAACCCGCAGGGCUUUGCUCGACCCCGACUACUUGCGAUAGGCUCCAUACUGCACGCUGCGCAGAGCUGCGACGUCAUCUGGGGCUCUGGCGUGCGGUCACUGGAUGAUGUGCCUUGGAAGCCAUCCCUCGAUAUUCGCAGUGUUCGCGGGCCAAAUUCUGCUCGCGUACUGAAGGAGAAAGUCGCGACCCGAAUCGUGCCACCUGUCUAUGGCGAUCCCGCUCUGCUUCUGCCGGUCUUGUUUCCAGAGCUCCACUCGGGUGUCCAGUACGCAUCGUACCGAGACAACGUGCUCGUUUUGCUGCACUAUCGCGACAAGGGCAAGAUCCUGCCGAAGCCGGGCGUCGAUGUGAUCGGAGCAGAAGCCAAUGACUGGAAAGACGUAGUCAGACGGAUCACCAACGCAUCCUUUGUCAUCUCAACCUCUCUACACGGUCUGAUCGUGGCAGACGCCUUCGGAAUUCCGUCUCGAGGUUUGCAGCUAAAUCUGGGCGAGCCCGUCUUCAAGUACACGGACUUUUAUGCAGGCACGGGUCGUCGAGAUUACAGAUUCGCUCUGUCGGUCGACGAAGCGUUAUGGCUUGGUCCUGAAGAUGCGCCGAAGGUCGAGAGAGACGCAUUACUCGCUGCCUUUCCGUACGAGCUCUUCAACACGACGCAGAGCGAGUCGGAACAGAGGAGACAUGAGCUCAUGCAGGCAGUUUGAGCUAUUUGUGCUCGUGCAGUGCAAUGUUGUAAGACGGACAAUUUGCAAUGAGGAUUUCUAUCGGAA